UGCUGGGAAACUUCACGAGUGUAAUUUGUAGUACACAUAAAUUGUUUAUUUUAAACAUUUUAAAUGUAUAGGUAUAGGACUUAUUUUUGCUUGCUUCGUUUUCAGGAUCUUGAGAUCAAAAUAAUUGUGUUUAUUAAAAAGGAGCUGGAAAAGUUUAAGAAAAUAUUAAAAGGAGAGAGAACACAGUACUUUGUGCAGGACUUCACAGAGGAAAUGCGUGAUAUCAAAGAAGCAGCUCUUGAUAUGACACUCUUCUUUCUGAAUGAUAUGAAGCAAUAUGAGGCUGCAGAUGCUCUACAAGAUGAGCUGGUCCUCGUUCAACAGCAACCACUAAAAUCAAACCUGAAGAAGAAAUAUCAAUGUGUAUCUGAAGGAAUUGCAAAGCAUGGUGACUCCAAGCUUCUGAAGAACAUCUACACAGAUCUCUGUAUGACUCUGAUUGUUAGUAAACAAGUUAAUACCCAAAAUGAAGUAAGACAAGUUCAGGCUGCUGAUAGACGACAUGAAUCACGAGAGAUUCCAGUUGAAUGCAAAAAUUUGUUUGAAGCACCUGAACAAGACAAGGAGAUUAGAACUGUACUGACAAAAGGAGUUGCUGGCAUCGGAAAAUCCAUCUCUGUGCAAAAGUUUAUUCUGGAUUGGGCUGACGGUAAAGAAAAUCAGGAUAUUACUUUUAUAUUUCCUCUUGCAUUUAGAGAGAUGAACUUAAAGGAGAAAGAAACACAAAGCUUGACAAGUCUUUUACAUCAGUUUUUCCCAGAGAUAAAAGGACUAAACCUUGCAAGAAAUGAUAAAUUUAAAUUACUGUUCAUCCUUGAUGGUUUGGAUGAAAGUCGUCUUCCUCUAAACUUUGAGGGCAAUGAGACUUGUCGUGAUGUAACAUCACAAGUCUCUCUGGAUGUUCUCCUGACAAACCUGAUCAAGGGAAAUCUGCUUCCUUCUGCUCUCAUCUGGAUCACCACCAGACCAGCGGCUUCCAUUAAAAUUCCUCCUGACUGUGUUGAUCGCGUGACAGUAGUACAAGGAUUCAAUGAUGCACAGAAGGAGGAGUACUUCAGAAAAAGAUUCACAGAUGCGGAUCUGGCAAAUGAAAUUAUUGAUAAUGUUAAAUAUUACAAGACUCUUUUUAUCAUGUGCCACAUCCCAGUCUUCUGUUGGAUUACAGCUACUGUUCACCACAAUAUUUUGCAGGAGAAAAUAAAUAAUGAUGUGAAAAACGAUCAGGCUGAUGACGCCUCCAAAACACUACAGGAAUCAAACACUGUAGACACUCCUAAGACUCUGACACAAAUGUACACACACUUUCUCCGCUUUCAGAUCCUGCAGAGCAGACGAAAGUAUGAUGGACAAUUCACACCAAAUGUUUCCCGGGAUAAAGACACCAUUCUUUCACUGGGGAAACUGGCAUUUCACCAUUUGCAAAUAAACAAUCUGCUCUUUUAUGAUUCAGACCUGGAAGCCUGUGGUAUUGAUGUCUCUAAAGCAUCAGUGUAUUCAGGCAUGUGUACCCAGAUCUUUAAGGAGGAAACAGGGACCAUUCUUGGUACCACUUUCUCCUUUGUUCACAUGAGCAUUCAAGAGUUUAUUGCAGCCCUUUAUGCACAUCUGUUUCUAGACAUCUGCAAGAAAAGUGUGUUUAAUCAACAUGAAUCUACAGAACAAGAAAACAAAAAUGAAAUCAUGCUUGAUUUGCUCAAGACUGCAGUGGACAAGGCACUUGAGAGUGAAACUGGACACCUGGAUCUUUUCCUUCGCUUUCUUCUUGGUCUUUCACUCCAGACCAAUCGUCCUCUCUUACGAGGUCUGUUGACAGAGCAAGAGAGCAACAAUGAGAACUACGAGGAGAUAGUUCAGUACAUCAAGCAUAAAUUAGAAGAUAAUCUGUCUCCAGAGAGAUCCAUCAAUCUGUUCUACUGUCUGAAUGAACUGAAUGAUCAAACUCUGGUGAAAGAGAUUAAGACUCAACUUCGAGAAGGAAGUCUCUCAUCUGCUGAUCUUUCUCCUGCUCAGUGGUCUGCUGUGGCCUUCGUUUUGUUGACAUCAGAGGAAGAGAUGGAGGAGUUUGACCUUCACAAAUUCAAGAAAUCAGACAAGAGUCUCUUUAGGCUACUGGAAGUUGUGAAAAUCUCCAAAAGAGCUCUGUUAAAUGAUUGUAAUUUAACAGAUGAGAGCUGUUCUAAUUUGGCUAAAGCUUUUGGAUCAGAUAACAAUCUGAUAGAGCUGAAUUUGAGCAAUAAUAAUCUACAGGAUUCGGGAGUAAAGCAGCUCUGCACUGGACUGGAGAAUAUUACGUGUAAAUUGGAGAUACUGAAGCUAAGUAACUGUGCACUAACAGAGGAAAGCUGUUCAGCUCUUGCUUCAGUUCUCAGUUCACACUCCAGCAGUCUGAGGGAUCUUGAUCUGAGCAAUAAUAAUCUGAAGGAUUCAGGCAUAAAGCUGCUCUCUGAUGGACUGAAAGAGAACUGUAAACUGAAGAAUCUCAGACUCUCAAACUGCAGUGUCACAGAAGAAGGUUAUAAAGCUGUGGCUUCAGCUCUGAGAUCAAACCUUUCACACCUGAUAGAGCUGGAUCUCAGAGGAAAUGAUCCUGGACAAUCAGGAGUGAAGGAGCUCAGUGAUUUACUACAGGAUCCAAACUGUAAACUAAUACUGAGGUUUUUGAGUCCUGCUGCAGAUGAAGCCUGUCUAUAUGUGACUGGAAUUGUGGGUAAAAACCCGUUACUCCUGAGAGAACUGAAUCUGAGUGAACAUAAACUAGGAGACACACAAGUGAAUCAGAUCUCUGCUCUACUGCAGGAUAAACACUGUAAACUCAACACACUGAUUCUAUGUGGAUGCAGUAUUACAGAGGAACAGUGUCACAUUCUGACUUCAGCUCUGAAAUUAAACCCAUCACACUUGAGAGAACUGGACCUGAGUGGAAAUAAAAUAAAAAACACAGGAGUGAAUCACUUAUGUGACAUACUGAAGGAUUCACACUGUAACCUGGAGAAACUGAGUCUGAAUGACUGUGGCAUUACAGAUGUUGCUUGUCUGGCUCAAUCUUUGACAAACACGAAAGCACUGCAGUUUUUAAAAGAGCUUGAUCUGAGGAACAAUAACAUAGGAGUCUCAAAGGAGCAACUCAGAGAUGUGCUACGAGACUCAAACUGUAAACUUGAGGUGAACUAGAGGAAGAUGUGAAUUUGCAGAAAAAAAAGCACUGAAUGUCUUCAGUAAUAGACCUGAUAAUCAUAAUGAUUCUGAGACUAAACUAAUCCAUAAUGAACUAAUUAAAAUAUUGCAAAUCAUAA